UCCAGCCUCUAUAUACAGUAAUCAUGGAGUGUGGGUGAUGAAGGGAGCAUUGGCCUCUCAUAUGGGUACUUAUCAUACAGCAGCCUAGAGAAACCAUUCACGCUCAUAGCCCUCGAGGAAGUAGCUGUGGUAGUCUGCCAAAUAUACUCAAGUGAAUAAUAGAAGUACAGUUUGUCCUGAAGUUCAUAGUUUCCAUCCUUUUGUGUGAUAAAUCAGAAUCAAUAAAUUUGAAAAUAGAAACCUAAAACAAAACUAAAUUAGAUUGAAUAAAUAAAAGGUAACAAGUUUAAAAUUCUCUAAUAAGAUAAAUGGCAAACUGAUCAGUGAUAAAAUGGUUGGUUUAACAUUUGUGGCAGUUCUACACAUCUUUGUUGGUGGCCUUGGGUUCCUCCUAAAUACGAUGACUGUGACACUUCUUGUAAAUAGUCCUCAGAGACCAACAUUACCCCUAACAAUCUAUGGAUUGUCUGACACAGUAUCAGGUGCUGUCACUGGACUUGGUCUGCUUUGUGAUGGUUGUCUCUAUUUUGCCAACACAGUGUACAGUAAUUCAUGCUCUAGAUAUUUCCUCAUCUAUACUUUAUUACUGUUUACCAUUGUGACUGGCAACUUUUCUGCUCUUGGGAUUGCUAUUGACAAUCAUCCAGCUAUAGUUUUAUCCUUUCCAUGUUCUGACGUCUUCCAACGUACUUUCUCUCUCGUGUGGACAAUGGCAUCAUGGCUUGUUGCUUUGGCAUUUGUGAUAGUGUUGUGGGAUCACACAGAGGUGUCUUCUAUACAUUUUGUGCAAGACAAUACAUUCUACUGGGAAAAGAACAAGGAAAUUCGAGACACUCGAGGUCUUCUGGAAGAUGUGUGGGAACACAACAGCCAACUGGACUGGUCCACUGAUUACCGUGAAAAUGUUAUUAUUGGCUUGAUAUAUGGCAUUGUCGGAGGUAAUAUUUCCCAUGCUGAACUUGAGAAGUUUCAUGGAACAACACAGAGUCAAAAAACCAAAACUGCAAGUCUACAAAUUAUUAAACAAUUACAUGCAACUCUUGGUAUAACUCAAGAAGACCAGCAACGAGUAUUUGGAGAACUGCUUAAUGCCGGCUCAAAAAACAAAAAUGAAUUAAAAAAUAGUACCAUUCCCUAUGAAACACAAAGCUCUACAGAUAACAGCAAAGGAAAAAAUAAUAUAACCAAAAUGGCCAUGACAAACUCAAAAACCUUCAAGCCAUCAUCAACAGCAAUAAUUAACAAUUUACAUAACUCUUCUGUGAAUACCUCCAACACUCUUCAUCCACCUGCCAAUGUUCAGGAUGGUUUAAGAGUACAGCCACUGGAUGGCACCUUCACCCAUAAACCACAAACAACAGAUUCAUACCUUAAUUACACAGAUAUCGAGAUGCUACUACAGCAAGAUGAGAAUAAAUCUCCAAAUAAAUCAGAGAUGCCACCUUCUACAAAUACAUCAAGGACAAUCACAACAGAAAAUAUAUUAGAUAUCUUUCAUAUCAGAGGAGAGUCCCAGGUGACUACAAGCCCUCACACAGGAAACAGUGCCCCUCAAGGUGUUCAUCAUACCAAAGCAGCAAAUGAAAAAAAUUCUUCUGAAGUGGUUAACAAUGAAAAUAGAGUGACAAUUACAACUCCAGGAUCAGAUGAUACAACAUACACCUAUGAAGAAAAUGCAACUAAUGUCUCGACUGCACAAGAAACACCCUCUCAACCAAACAGUGAAUCACAAAAUGAAGUUCAAAACUCAACUUAUGUUAACACACUUGUACUACUAACAGACAACACCAGAGAAAAACAGGAUGACUAUGAGGUUACUAAACAGACCUUAGAAAAAAAUGGAACAGAAUUUUCACAAGCCAAUAACUCGGACAAUUUGACCGAAUGCUGUGGCAUCUCUCACAGCAACACUACAAGUGAAUCUGCUUUGACCACAAACCUCCCACCUGCAAAGAACAACACUUCCCCAGCAUGUCAAGCGCAGCCCAAGUUCUUGCCAACCUUCAUGACGGUUUUUUUUGUGUUGGGAUUUGUAAUCCCAGUGUUGAUGAGCACUGGGCUACACACCCACACAGCCUGGGUUCACCACCACCACAAGUCAGCACAGAUGACAGAUUCAACACACUCUCACUCAUCACACACCAAACAAGCCAUGUGCUGGUUGGUGAUGAUCCUCUUGGCAAACAUCUGCUGCUGGACUCCCUUCAUGGUGGAGCGUCUUCUAUAUGCCUGGGAGGUGAUCGAUCACCUUCCCUCUGUCAUACCUGCCAUCCUCUUCCUCCUCGGUCACACUCACAACCUACUGCGAGGAAUAUUCUAUGUGUUCAACCAUGCAGAGAUUCGGACCAGAGUUUCUGCAAUGUCUACAUCAGCAGUGUGCACAAAUGGUUGCAUCAGUUUAACUGCUUCUGCAGAAGAUGCAUACCUGAAUCCACCCAAUCAAUCAAGUCCCUUAACAAGAAACAUGCCAGUAAACAGGAAUGCCUUAUCUAGAGCAUCACUUAUUGUUCCUCGAGCUCCACUAACUUCCAGCUCAGAAUAUACAUCUUCUGUGAACUUACAAGACAGUUCAGUGGCAACAUCAUCAACAAAUUCAACCCCCCUGCCAAACAUGGUGUCACAUACAUGAUCUUUAAGCAAUACAAUGAAAGGAUGAAAAACACCCAAAUGCUGGUGUUUUACUACAAGUAGAAUACAGUACACAGAUUAAAAUCCAAAAUAAAGUAAUUAAGUACAAUACAUAGGUAUCUUAAUUACAGCAGUGUGAAGUUCACCACAUUUCAAUAAUUUUGUGUUGCUCUACAUACCGGAUACUUUUUUAUACUUAGUUCCCUUUUCUUACACUCCCUCAAGAAACACAAAUGUCAUAACACUUUAAAAACCUUUAAGUACAAUACAUGUACUGUUCCAUAUAUCAGGUCUUUUCCUGUCUACCAUUAGGAUAAACCAUCAAGACAUCACUACACACAUCAACUACAUACAGUACACAACUUAUACUGUAAGCUUGAGUUGUUUCUCUGUACUGUAUUCAGUUUGAUUACUGAGAUAAAAGAAAACUACAAUAAGGUCUUCUGCAUUGAAUGGUGUCCUGCUUCCUCUUGCAAUCAAAAUUUCUUCUGCUAAAUUUCAUAUUAAAAUAUUGCAAUGAACUUGUGGCAUUCUAUUUUUGUUACAGGUUGACUUAACUACCAGGAAAGUCCCAUAAAUGUUUUAGAAACAUAAUGUUCUGUGUGUACCCUUGGGUAGCCCUUUGAGGAGUAUCUAAUGGAUUCAUUAGUACAGUAGCUUUACUGUACAAUGAAUAUGUAUUUUUUAUUAAUGCACCUGUUACAAAUAAAUUGCAUACACACUUUAUGAUUGUUUACCAUAGAAAUUUGCUUGAAUGUAAAAUGGAGUAACCUGAUAUAGCUAUGGGGAA